CACGUAGUUUUGUCGGUCUUUCGCUCACCGCUAGACGGGGUUGCGAUCUUUUUUCUUUCCUCGAGUGCGCGGUCGCCGGUCUCUCGGGCCUCCCAACAACCGCGGCGGGACGGAUGUUGUAGCAUGCUCUACGGAGUGGCGCACUCCUCUUCGGUCGCAACCGCUCACCAGUCGAGUCACCACAAUCACCACGCUUGUGGCGGCGCCGCCAUCCGGAGGAGCGUCGCCGGCGGCCGCUGCGCACCAUCCAGGAUUCAGCUGGCGCCCUCCAAUCAGCAGGCGAAACGCAGACGGCAGGACAGUGAUUCGGACCUCGCCGUCGGAGGCCAGCAUGCUCUGCAAGAGUCUAGCCAGGACAGUCAGAGCAGCCCCGCCGAGAACGGCUCGAGCGCCGGCUCGGACAACUCGGGCCCGGACUCGCCCGUGGGCGCUGACGACGCUCUGGGAGGAGUGGUGAAUGGUCUCGGCUCCCUUCCCCAGCAGCCACCUCCACCGCCUAGUCAGCAGCAAGCUCAGGCUCAGCAGCCGGCCGAGCCGUACCCGACCACUGCCUGGAAUCUCUGCAGCGCCCAGAAUCAGGAGGCCCUUGCAAAACUGCACCAGGGCUCUGCGGACUACGCGGACUCGGCGUUGGGUCCCGUGGCCGCACCGUACGCGACCGACGGCUCCCUGGGCGACAGGCUUCACUGCGGGGCCGGACGGCUGGGAGUCGUGUCUCCCACGGACGCCGACCCGCUGCCUUCCAAGAGCAGCCCCGCCGCGGCUUCGGCCCUGGAUUGCGCCGCUUACGCGCCAUAUUACACCAGCAUGCAGGCGUACAGCCAGCUGAACAGUGGUUCCUACUCGAUGCCGGCGUCGAGUCUAUACGGCACCCAGUCUGGACAGGCGUACAGCUCUGACGUCCUCUCCUCGUACGGCUCCCGACAAGGCUCGUCGGCGAACGCAUCGACUGGCCAGGGCAAGUCGAACCUGGCCCAGUCUUACCUGUACGGUGCUGGAGGAUUCGCCACCUCCAACGGCACCCAGAGUCCUGCGGCACAGGCGGCCCAGGGACAUUACGCUUACGGUUCGAGCUACGCGGGUAGCGCGUUUGGUGGCUCUGCUCAGGCCGGCGGUGGCGCGAGCGCUGCGCAGACGGCGCUCGACUACUCGGCCGGCUACGGCGGCUACGGAGCGCAGGGCUACCCGUACUACGCCCAAGGCUACGGCUACGUCCAGGCAGCCGCGGCCGCGGCGGCAGCGUGCGCCUCUCCGCUGGCGCCCUCUACCUACCAGCUGGCCCAGUUGCCGCCGUCGCAGCAGCAGCAUGUGGACGGCUCGUACGGCGCCGACAGCAGCCCCUCCCCUCCCGCAAAGUGCGACCCCGUCACUGGAGGAACCAAGAAAGGUCGCAGCGGCCGGGGCCGCGGUCGGCGGCAGGCGAACCCAUCUCCGGACCCCGAGAACAGCCUGGAAAGGGUGUUCAUCUGGGACCUGGACGAGACCAUCAUCAUUUUCCACUCUCUACUCACGGGUACCUUCGCCGGACGAUACGGAAAGGAUACCCCAUCCUCAGUGCAAUAUGGACUCGGAAUGGAAGAGAUGAUCUUCAACCUGGCGGACUCUCAUUUCUUCUUCAACGACCUCGAGGACUGUGACCAGGCGCAUAUCGACGACGUGGCGUCGGACGACAAUGGCCAGGACCUUAGCAACUACAACUUCGCGGCCGACGGCUUCCAAGCCGGCACCGGCGUCGGGGCGUCGGGCGGCGCGGGCGGGCUGUGCCUCUCGUCCGGGGGCAUGCGCGGAGGAGUGGACUGGAUGCGCAAGCUGGCCUUCCGCUACCGGCGCAUCAAGGACAUCUACAACCAGUACCGCUCCAACGUGGCCGGCCUGCUGGGACCCAAGCGGGACCAGUGGCUCCAGCUGCGAGGAGAGAUCGAGGCCCACACCGACAGCUGGCUCACGCUCGCCAUGAAAUGCCUCUCCGUCAUACACUCCAGGUCGACGUGCGCCAACGUGCUGGUGACGACGACGCAGCUGGUGCCGGCGCUGGCCAAGGUGCUGCUGUACGGCCUGGGCGGCGUGUUCCCCAUCGAGAGCGUCUACAGCGCCACCAAGAUCGGCAAGGAGUCGUGCUUCGAGCGCAUCGUGGCCCGCUUCGGCAAGAAGUGCACCUACGUGGUCGUCGGCGACGGGAAGGACGAAGAGGCGGCCGCCAAGCAGAUGGGCUUUCCCUUCUGGCGCGUGAGCAGCCACUCGGACCUGGCCGCGCUCCACCAUGCUCUCGACCUGGGCCACCUGUGAACGGCGGGUGCCGCUCCGGAUAAAAACCACAAAAGGAAGCACGGGAAGGGGGACCACCACGACCACCACAUUCCGAAGCGGGACGUCCCGCGCUGGGAAAGAGGAGACGCGGACCGAAGGCGGCCCGCUUCUCACACGAUGGACUGCCCGUAUAUAGUGCUGGCCGCCGACACCUUUGACUUCACAAGUACACGACGUGCCAGAGUGCGUCGCAUGGUCGCGAACUGUUCCAAGUAGUUCUGUCGGCUGUCCUAUUGAUAAGAAAGAAGGCAUAGACAAGCAGCCGCGCGAAAUGCGAUCGUCCGGCCGUGUUUGUCUGCUCGCACUUCUUGUAACUUGAAGCAACCGCCCUAGUCCCUAUAAUAGUGAUCGGGUGAUGCUGCCUGUAGUGUGUGCAAAGAAGGGCUGUUUCGCCCUGCCGCGGUGUUGUGUGUGAGCGAUGGGGGUCAUGUUGUGUGUGUGGGGUGACUGGAUCACCGGUGACGCGAGGUGACCAGAACCAAGAGCCCCGACUGCAGGCGUCUGCGUGUGCAGAAGACACGUGCCAAAAAACUGUACGUCCGCAUCGCGGCCACCUCGGCGCUGUUCACUGUGCCAACUCCGCUGUAUCGCGAUGACUUCGCGCCGUUGGCAAACAUUGGGCUUCGUUGACGCGUUUCCAAGGAGACGCUGUAAGGGCUGCGGAUUAAAUCCUUUCUGCAAGGACACAGCGCUGGUAACUUCUAUGACGGAGCAAAUUCCAUAAUUAGGUAGUACCCGGAGGACUCUUGUAUUCUAUCUAUGGGAGUACUAUUACUCUGCUCGCAUCCGAUAAGAGUGAACAUGAUUCAAUGGGGUCUAGAACAUUUUCGAAUAUGGAGUUAAGUAAGCAAUGAAGCCGUCACACUCCUAAUGGAGUCAUCCGUACUCCAAUGCACUGUCCGUAGCAUAAAAUCUUAACUUCUGGUCGAGAGCAGUCAAGAAAAGGUGCGGUAAAAUAACGACAUCUCACUUAAACAGGCGCCCCGUGGUAUGUUAUUAUAGUGCUUUGAACGGCAGUCUUCUUAGAUAUACUAUAUUUGUGCUUACAUAAUCGUAACAUCGCAUUUGCGGCUUCUUCGGCCUCGAUAUCAAGCAAGGUCUGAUUUACUUUUGUCAAAACUACAUUUGAUAGCCUUUUGGGACAAGGGUACGUUGUAUGUACUGUAUAAUUUCAACAUCCAGCCCUUGCGCGUUUUCUUAGAACUGCGGACAGAGGAGCGUGUGGUCCUUGUACAGUCGCGAUCAUUAUGUGAGAGAACGCAUGAUAAUCAAUCCAGCAAAGCGUAUUGUUGAUUGUUAUUAUUUCAAUAACUUUGAUUUCAUGUCUUAUCGUUGUACUGCGGAUGACAUCCUUCCUGUCUGAAUGCUUUCUUUCUUUGUGUGUGUACAUGUGCAUGUCAACAUGAAUGGAUGGGCUCUCUCACUUAUUUUAUUUUCCUUUUAGAGCCAUGAAAUUACAGCCGCCUGGGUUUCCUUAAAUCGUCAAGUGGAAGUAUUGAAAGAAGCCCACUGUUUAGCGGUCCGUUGACUGUGGAAUAUCAUUGGUCAUUAUCAACCAUGCUGAGGACCAUAAUUGGCAUUUCGUGGCAUGCUGUGCUUCGUUGACACAAAGUUGACAGCCAGAUUUAGAAUGAAUGUUUAUUUAGAAAGAAAUCAAGCGGGGUAGGCUUGAGGCUUAUAGGCCAGAUUCAUCUUAAUUUGGGAACAUCACUUCCUAAACAAAAUGGGGAAAGAAAGAGCUCUUGCAUAGUUGCAGACGACGUGUUAGCAUUUACCAUCGGCAGUAAAAUGGGUCUUUUUUAUUAUGUCAUUACUGCACUAAAUUUGCGGUGGUAUGAUGCCAGAGUCAGGAAACAUUAAUCGCUUAACUAUUACGCCGCAAUGUAAUGCGAACACCGCAAGAAAAACAGCCUGGAAGAUACAAUGGCGGGAUUUAUUAUUCACGGACGUUUAGUGUUUAGUGCUAGAAUGCACUUAGCGCCUGAUAAUGCCAAGUUCACACAGAGCAGUUUUAAGCAGCCCAACUUAUUUUCCUAUGCCCCGUUUGGUUUUAAUUCAUAGUCAUGUCAGUCACCUUGCUAAGUUGCAUUUUGACCCGUGAGCGCGUGAAGCUGUGGCGAAUGUGCGCUUUGCACGAUUGUACAAACUGAACCAUGAACACAUGAUAAAGACGCCGUUGAAAAUAACUCGACUCAUACGCUUGUGUUAGGUUUGUGUUCAUAUGGAAUUAUUAAAUGGUACCAUACUGGCUACUUCAAUUCUACAUGCACGCGAAAUAACCUGGGCAAAAGGGAAAAAAUCAAUUUUUCUGAUCGCAGAGAAGUUUGCGUACGCGUAGUACUUAAACGCGUCUCCUAUCUGAUAGUGUUUUCUCUCAGCACUGAAUGUCUUUUUUAUUUCUUUAUUAAGGCAUGAAAUAAGUACCACUUGUGUGUAAUUGUAUCGGUUGUUAUCAGAAACAAUACCGUGAUAGCGUUUAAACAUUUAAGAACCUUUUUAGAUUUAAGCUCAGGUGUGUCUACAACAAAGGAGGUUUGGGUAAAGUCUCGGGUAUUUAUGAGCAGUUAAAAAGUCGAAGGCACCCAUACUACAUUAGUGAAACUAUGAAAAUACGUUGCCACGUGAUUUGGAUACAAAGAAACUAUUUCCUGGUGACUGCGCUCGACCUUUUGACGCUUAUAAGAAAAGUUUUCUUUCUUGCAGACUUGCAACAUUCAGUUUGACAGAGUAGAGAAAAUUGAAGCCCGCGAGCUAUAAAUACGCGCAAAUUAGAAAUGCGUCGUGAUAUUCUCUGGAGCGUCGAAUCUCUCGUUCGCUACCAUGGUGGUCGCCACUGUAUGAAUCAGCCUCAAAGCCGGUGCCACAUUGCUGCAUUCAGCGACACAAGCCACCGGUCUACGAAGUGAUUGCUUUUUCCGAACAGCUCGAAGCCAAAGAUGUCGAAGGAGACGAGUGAAGAAAAUAUAGAUCAAGCGACCGUAGCUUUUAUGUGCUGCUGUCCUGGUAACCAAGAACCAAUAAAAUCGAGACCUUUC